GUUUAAAUAGAGACACACGCGAAAAAAGAAAAACACACGCACGACGAUAUAUCAUCGGGGAGCGACGACUUUGACGGUGGCAGCAAGUCGCGCUCUUGACAAACACGAAUAUCGCUUACGAACUUGUUUCCGACCAGUGCGAAUAUCGAGGGAAGGCCAUUUUCGUCGUUGGCAUUACCACGCGGUGAAAGAAAGCGCGCGAGUGAGAGACUGAUUCGACGGGAAGAGGACGCGCGAUCGUGGACGAGACACGAGAGAGAUUACGAGCGAGUAGCCCACACGUUUCCAGUGUGUGAGUAACACUCACGCCGUGCGGCCGAGUAUAAUACGCGCACGGCAGAGAGAGGAGAUCCGGACGAGAAAAAACAAAGGAUCAAGACAGAAACGAGAAGCGAUCACCGGAGGCCGCGGGUCAACGAUUUUAUUUUUGUACGGUGCAUCGUUGUUUCUUCUAAACACAUUCUAUCUCGUGAUCGCCACACGGAUCCUCGAGCGUGGAACACGGCACUCUAGUCCUUCGUCCCUGAACGAUCGUAUAUAUGUGCUAAACACCCGUGUGCGCGCGUGUUACAUUAUUGUUUUUUGUCUGAUCGUUUCGGAGCAGAGACUUUGGAUCGCGUGAAGCAACUCUAGAUUCGCCACGGGUAUUUUCACCGGUUCGACCGAGGAACGCAACCACGAGCGAACGUACGAGCAAAAAUAAAACGACACGGUUUGUGAAGUCGAUACGUAGGACUCUACGGACCAGAGUAUUAAAAUAAGUGGGAAACUGUGAAUACAGAAAACUGUGAUUACACUCUGUGCGAGCAUAUACCAUAUAUACGUACACACAUACACACACACACACGCACACACACGAGUAUCAUUGACAUUAACCGGUGUGGACACAACGUGAAAACUUCUCAUCGACAAUUCAACAUGCCGACCAGUUUGUUCAGCGAAAUGGACCGUGGAGUGAACGGCGGUGCUGCCGCUUCCCUCGAGGAUCAACGAGCUUUGCAAUUGGCAUUAGAAUUAUCUAUGCUCGGUCUCGAGGGUACUCCCGGAUGCCCGGGCAACGGCACAGGAACCGGCACUGGAACAGCCAACGAUCCAGACCCUCUGCAAACGACACCGGCAGGCGUUUUCGAGGAGGCACGUUCUAAGAAGAGCCAGAACAUGACCGAGUGCGUGCCGGUGCCUAGCAGCGAGCACGUGGCGGAGAUCGUCGGCCGACAAGGUUGCAAAAUCAAGGCGCUCCGAGCGAAGACGAACACGUACAUCAAGACUCCGGUCCGUGGCGAGGAGCCGGUGUUCGUGGUGACAGGCCGGAAGGAGGACGUGGCUCGUGCGAAACGCGAGAUCCUAUCCGCCGCCGAGCAUUUCUCGCAGAUCCGCGCGUCCCGCAAGAGCUCGUUGGGCGCGUUGCUCGGCGCGCCUCCUGGACCGCCGGCUGCUGUGCCCGGCCACGUGACGAUUCAGGUACGAGUUCCGUACAGAGUGGUCGGUCUGGUGGUAGGUCCGAAGGGGGCAACCAUCAAGCGGAUCCAGCAUCAGACGCACACCUACAUAGUGACGCCGAGUCGCGACAAGGAGCCGGUGUUCGAGGUUACCGGGCUACCUGAGAGCGUAGAAGCGGCGAGACGCGAGAUCGAGGCGCAUAUCGCCCUCCGUACCGGUACAGGACCAACGAUCGACGACUCGGAGCUGCUCAGCGCGUUGUGCCACGGUGGUUUGGGCUCGAUCCUUGGCUGUCUCGAUCCACCCGGUUCGAACGCGUCGAAUGGUUCGAGCGGAGCGUUCUCGAGCAGCGGAAGUUGCAGCAGCUCGUCCAGCAGUUCCGGCGCACCUGGACUGAACGAGCUCGUAGCGAUCUGGGGUGGCGGCAUGGAAAGGGACGAGGGUCUAGGCGAGUCACCGUCGUUCGAGUCACAGGCAGCGUCUGCAUCCUCGAUCUGGUCGUUCCCAGGCGUCGCGCUACCCUCGAGGCCGUCCCGACCGGCGUCGGCAAGCCCAACAUCGCCCACGGAUUCGCUGUUGGGCGGCGGACGACGCGAAUGCGUGGUAUGCGGCGACAAAGAGGUCACCGCCGCCCUGGUCCCGUGCGGGCACAAUCAUUUCUGCCUGGACUGCGGCAAUCGUGUCUGCGAGAGCUCCGAUCCAAGCUGCCCGGUAUGCUCCAGGCCGGUCUUACAGGCGCUUCGUAUCUUCUCAUAAACCAUCGGGAAAACGGACGGAGUCGGACCCCGGACCCCGUGCUACUACACGAAUCAAGAGGACCCGGAGAGAUCUCGACGAGGAGGGCGCCUCUCUUUUUGCGUCCGCGGCAACCUGGUACACACACACCACACACACAUACCACACACGCGAAACACAGCGGCUAAAUACCAAUACUCGCAACACCAUUGAUAUAAUACUUGUUCGACUUUGCCCCGGCUCAUCCAGGAACGACGGCGCUGAAGUAAAAACGGCCCACGCCGAAUUUUUACGCAUAGGCUCUCCUGAGUCCCCCUCGCGCAUUACGGUUUAACCCCGUGAAUAAAUGGCGACGGGAGGAUCGGACGCGCACAAUGUCUCAAUUCCACUGCUGCCAAUAAUAAUUAAACAAAGAAAAUAUGAAAAUUAAACAAAGAAUAAUGAACAAACCUCUUCUACGCGCCGGGAAUGCCCCGAUGAUCCUCGUCGCGUCGUUCCCGCCGACCGGAUACAACGAAGUCAGCUUUUAAGUUCUACGAGAAUAUAAUAGAGAGUGUGUGUGUGAGAGAGUGAAAGAGAGAGAGAAAGAGGAAACAUACACUCGCUCAUUCACCUGUCAUCG